AUGGUCGCCAAGCUACGUGAUUUGCGGCGACAAGCAGAUUCCGCUCACCCUGAUGUCUUCACUGACCAGACGCCGCUCCGUGGCCCUUUGGAUGGCUGGCGCUACUUUAUCGGGCCGUCGGCUUGCAUUCCUCCAUCGAUGCUUGUUCGUGUUGCAACGGUCGAGGAAUGGGAACGUACUUAUCCAUCAUGGAAUCCCGCGGAUACUUUGCUUGAUACAGCAACCGUCACACCGGAGCUUCACGAAUUCUUGGUGCAGAAUUAUCUGUCCACCGUGCAUACACUUUACCCAAUCCUGGAUGCACCAGAGUCUAUCCAGUCUCUACAGAAUCCAACUACAACAAGUCUGACCGCCUCUCAAGAAUUCAUCCGUUGCAUGGUAUAUGCAAUCUCAUGCCACUGCGUACCCAGGAACGCUCGAGCAAUGUUGUUUCUAUCCCUUGCCAAUAACUAUCAUCGUCGAGCGAUGGAGCUUCUCGAAGCCGCUACUUCCAAGCUGAAUGUCGAGACUUUACGGAAUGUGAUGCUGUUGGCCUUCCACAGUAUGCUGGCCCCCCACCAGGGGAACUGCAGUCAAUUGGUUGGGAUCGCUGCCAGGCUGUGCGUGGAUUUGAAAUUGGCCACCUCAGAAGAUCAAUCUCUCUUGCACUUGCUACUGUCGGUGGUCUGCGUUGAGCGUCAAAUAGCAGUCACCAUUGACAGACCUUGGUUUCUAGACUUGCCAGACAGUUUUUCACAGGUCGAGAUAUCCGGGUUGGCAAGACAUCGAGCGAUAGAAAUCCUCUACAUAUUGGUCUCCAUGCAAUCGACGCUGCGGCAAGCCGAGCUUGAGGGCGAAACCCGGAUACAGGUCAGCCAACAAAUAAGGGCAAUCUGUACCUGGGUCACGUCGCAAGAACGACCCCUACCGAAUCUGAUUGCGGUUCUGCAAGAAACCAAGCUCAUGCUUGGGUUGGAUGGAGAUUCUAAGGAGCUGAUCCAGAUUUAUAACCAAGAGGAUUGUUUUCAUACCUUUCUCACGCCACACUGGAUCCUGAGAGCUGCUCGGGCAGUUCUGGAACGAUCGCCCAGUCUAGAAAGCGGAAAAGCUUCCAGGGAGUUUCUGCUGGCUUUACUCAUGCUUGAUCGGGACACAGUCAGGUGGCCAAGCUGUCAAGUCCUUCUAGAGUCUUUGCAAGCAAUCUGA